AUGGUGAUCUUGGCUAGUAAUUCAUCUUGGGAAUUUCCACAAUUGAUUGUUCGUGAUGCAUCAAUGAUUAAUGAUAGUUGUGGACGAAAUUUUCCUUGGUAUGGAUCAAAAAAUCAAGUAGUGACAAUUCAAGGUCCAAUCUAUCGACAAUCUGAAUAUACAAUAAGUAUGCGUGAUUUAUUUGUACCAUGGAUUCCAUGGGAUAUUCCAACAUGUGAAGGUGAACAAUCAUAUUUAACACAUAUUUAUCGACAUCAACGAUUUUAUGUAUGGUUAUGUGCAAUGAAUUGUACGAAAAAUGAAUUAUUAAUAAUUCGAACAAUACGUUGGACACAAACAAUUGAAAUUGAUGUUAAACCUGAUCUUUAUCGUGGAAUGCGAGCUAAACUAAUAAGUAAUCCUGAACCAGAUCAACCUGUUUUUCUUAAAAGAAAUAUAUUUAUUCCAUCUUGUGCUUUACAAGGACCAUCAGUAAAAUAA